AGUCAUGGGCGCUAGGAGAUGGUGCUGUCCAUCCUGGCGGGUUUGGGGAAGCGCCCCACGAGCAGAACUAGGGGCCAAACGCAGCCCCACGAGUUUCGAAUAUGCACGUUAAUCCAUAACAAGCACAAACAGAGUGUGGGGUAGCUUACUUGCGCGUCCUUGCGUGGACAUGUCGGCACAAGUGCCCAAAUGUCAGCACAUAUGCGCUGGGCUUUCAAGCGCUGGCGUGCAUGAGUUCAUGCAGUCACCACAGGCCACAACGGCGAACCAGCCGACUCACCCCGCCAUCCAGUUACCUAGUCAACCCACUAACAGGCACGCAAAGAAAGAGGAUACUGGCAGGAGCACUUCGAAACCACUGCGAAAACCGAACCGGCACUGAACAACCUUCUAGGUUAGACUCGCCCACCCCAUCAACGGCGCGUGGCACAGCCGGCCACACUACACCACAACCCGAACCCAUCACAACCCUUCACAGCAAGUAGAUUCUGCGCAAACCCUCAGCAGCAGCCCGCAACCCUCAGCACGCAAGGCAAGACCGCCUGGACCGCCCGAAGCCACGAACACGUGAAGAGGCAGCUGGACGUCUGAUGAAUUGGGAACACCCGCCCGGCCGCUCUCUAGCUCGUGAUGCCCUCCCUGAGGUUGGACUAUGCCGGCCCGCCAGCUAUCUAAAACCCCUCACCACUCCAGCUGCAUUGGAUAUGGCGACGGGCUGCUGGCUUCCAGGCCCAACACACGGCCCAACAUACAUUCGUACACAUGGCACGUGAUGCACCAGCCCCAUUCCGUGCCCCUUACAUCCCAAAUCGACCCCUAACAUCAUGGCCGCAAGGAGAAGCCUACAACACGGGUUUGCCAAGGUCCGCCCCGUCGCCCGCUUGCCAGGCUAUCCCGAAUGGCGGGAGAAUGGCAAAGCAAGUAUGCCAGGAUGUGGGUGGACGUCAUUGAAUUUUAAAUGCUAUCUGGUAGCAGCAAUUGCAAGCGGGCGUGCUCAAAGGACCUUUCGGGCGCAGUGUCGACGCGGCGCCCGUGUCACAGUCGUCGUGACUUUUGCCCGACAGCGGACAGGCUAUGCAGUUAUUUUCUGCAAGUUGAAAUUGUUGUAAGCACAGUAUGGA